AUGUUGCGUAGAAGUACAGCUAUCGUUAACCGUAGCGUCGGCCGCUGCUUCGCUUCGACAUUCGGUGUGGUCUUCGACGUAGAUGGUGUCCUUCUGCGCGGCAAGGUUCCAAUUCCAGGCGCGCGUGAAGUGCUUCUGGAGCUGAAAGCGACCAACACUCCGUUCGCCAUCAUGACCAACGGCGGUGGCUACCCGGAGGACAAGAAGGCGCAACAAAUUGAGCGGAUCCUGGGCAGCGGCGUGUCUAUCCCGACCGAGCGUAUGUGUAUGAGCCACACACCCAUGCGUGAACUGGCACUCAAGCACAGUGACGAGCUGGUGCUGGCAGUUGGCAAAGACUGCGUCGAGAUCCGCAGGGUCAUGGCCAACUACGGCUUCAAGCACGUAGUCACCGUGGACCAGCUGCACCGCCACUUUCCCAUUAUGUACCCCGACGUCAAGGUGCAGGACCCUCUGAACCACGACGGUCGCUUCGAUUCGCAGCCAUUUGCUGCGGUGUUCGUGCUCAUUGACCCCAUUUACUGGGGGCGGGAGCUACAGGUCGUUAUGGAUGUACUGUGCUCUCCCGACGGACUGCUGGGUCAACGCACCGUGGAGGGAGAUGGUAAGGGCGAUCGUCAGCACAUUCCCCUCUACUCGGCAUGCUCGGAUUUCCAGUAUGUGGGCGAGUUCCAUUUACCACGAUACGGCGCGGGCGCGUUCCAUGCGGUACUAGAGGAUCUGUUCACCCGCACGACGGGUCACAAGCUGGAGAAGACGCUGUAUGGGAAACCUCAACGCACGUCGUUUGAGUUUGCCGAGACGCUCAUCGAUGCGCAACAUGAACAUGUGGAGCGUAUUUACAUGGUGGGGGACAACCCAAAGACGGACAUUCGCGGGGCAAACGAAGCUGGUGGCAGAUGGAAGUCAGUUCUUACACUCACGGGGAUGCACAACGGACCUGAAAACCAUGAGGAGCACCCGGCCUAUGGAGUUGUAGACGAUGUGGCACAGGCGCUAGCCUUCAUCAAAGAGGACUUUGCCAAGAUGCAGGCGGAGAAGAAGUGAACAAAGAGUGAAAAAUGAAAGGCUGAAGCGGGCGAGAUGGUCUAGAAAUCGCUGUCGACGUUGACCUUUAGGAUUACAAGGCGAAAGUGGUGCCUUCAACGGAGACAUUGUCAAUACUGCAGACAGCACUGCGCUUAGAAAGUCUUUGAGAUCACUUCAUAGUUUGAAACUCUGAACUGCCUAACAAAGUGUAGCGUGAAAGGUUUAAACAGAUGUCGCUCACCUAAGCUAGAAUUGGAGACGGCUAUUUUUACUGUUUUUCCUCUCUUU